UCUCUCUACGCAUGCGUAGGCCACGUACUCCAGGUCCCGCGGCGUGUCGCGCAGUUUACCCGUGUGCGUCUCCGUGCACAAGUCCGGGAGGUUCCGCGGCGGAGAGGAAGGGGGUCUCAAUAGCCUCUCCGCAAUGGCAGGGCAGCAGUUCCAAUACGAUGACAGCGGCAACACUUUCUUCUAUUUCCUCACCUCGUUCGUCGGGCUCAUUGUCAUCCCAGCUACCUACUACCUCUGGCCCCGGGAUCAGAACGCGGAGCAACUUCGGUUAAAGGCUUUGCGGAAAGUCCACGGAAGAUGUUUGUGGUACCGGCUGCGAUUGAUGAAGUCCCAACGAAGUAUUAUUCCAACACUAAAAAAAGUAGCCCUGUUGUUCGGAUGGGCUGUGUUUUUGUUGCUUGCCUACAAAGUUUCAAAACUAGAAAGAGAAUAUCAAGAAUACAACCCAUACGAGGUCUUAAACCUUGAACCGGGUGCAUCUAUCUCGGAGAUCAAAAGACAGUAUCGGUUGCUCUCGUUGAAGUACCAUCCUGACAAGAAGGGAGAUGAGGUGAUGUUUGUGAAGAUUGCUAAAGCCUACCAAGCUUUAACGAAUGAAGAGUCCCGUCUCAACUGGGAGAUGUACGGAAACCCAGAUGGUCAACAAGUUGCAAGUUUUGGUAUUGCUUUGCCUGCCUGGAUUGUGGACCAGAAAAACUCCAUGCUUGUUCUGCUGGUUUACGGUCUUGCCUUCAUGGUUAUUCUUCCUGUUGUUGUGGGUACUUGGUGGUAUCGGUCCAUACGAUACAGUGGCGACCAAAUUCUUAUCAACACAACACAGCUCUUUAUGCAUUUUAUGUAUAAAACUCCCAAUAUGAAUAUGAAACGUCUAAUAAUGGUUCUGACGGCAGCAUUUGAAUUCGACCCACGUAGUAACAAGGAAGCAACAAUUAGACCCACAGAUAACAUUGAAGUACCCCAGCUUAUCCGGGAGCUGGGCAACAUCAAUGUGAAGAAGAAAGAACCUCCCUUCUGCUACCCUUACAGUCUGAAGGCCAGAGUCUUGUUGCUCGCGCAUCUCGCCAGGAUGGACCUGUCUGAAAAUAUCGAAGAAGAUCAAAGGUUUGUGGUGCGGAAGAGUCCAGCAUUACUUCAGGAAGUGGUCAACGUUGGCUGUCAGCUCACUAUGAUGGCCAACAGCCGGGGAGGGUUUCAUGCUCCUCGUUUGGUGUCCAUUGAGAAUUGCAUGAAGCUCUCUCAGAUGAUAGUGCAAGGACUGCAGGAGUCCAAAUCUCCUUUGCUGCAGCUCCCGCAUUUUGAAGAGGAACACCUGAGAUACUGCGUUUCCAAAAAAUACAAAGUGAGGAGCAUUCAGGACCUGGUCAGCCUGAAAGACUCGGACAGGCGCAAUAUGCUACGUUUCCUCGGGGAAGAGAAGUACGAGGAAGUCAUGGCUGUACUCGGAAGUUUUCCUUACAUUAUCGUGGAUCUCAAGCUUCAGGUGCUAGACGACGAGGAUAGCACUAACAUCACGGCAGGAUCCAUUGUAACCGUCACUGUGACGCUAACGAGAAAGAGAAUGGUGGAUUUCUUUGAGGCAGAGCAGGAUCAACUCCGUGUUGUAGAAGACCAAAAUACAGAAGAGGGGCAAGGAGAAGCCAGCAGAAACAAAAUCAAAGUGUGGCAGAACAAGAAUAAAGGAGCUAAGAAGGUGUCAAAGACAAAGAAAAAAAAGUUAACCAAGAAGAAAACAAUUUCUCAACAACAGCAGAAAACUGACAAGCAGAAACAAGCCAAUGGGACUGUUUCUUCAAAUGAGGUGGUCCCUUCGAAGGAGGAGGACGAGGAGCUCUCCGACAAGGGCAGCGACUCGGACGAGGGGGAGGCCAACAAGGACUCCCCCAGCGAGAGGGACGAGGAGAGCGACAAGCAGAGUGACGCGGAGGUGCAGGAGAUGGGCGACGACGAGGAGGAGUGGGAAGCACUGCAACAGAGUAUCCAGCGAAGAGAAAGAGCUCUUUUGGAGACCAAAUCAAAGAUCACACAUCCUGUCUAUAGCUUGUACUUCCCAGAGGAAAAGCAGGAGUGGUGGUGGCUGUACAUAGCAGACAGGAGAGAACAGACUUUGGUAUCAAUGCCCUAUCACGUCUGUACGCUUAAGGAUACAGAAGAGGUUGAAUUGAAAUUCCCUGCACCAUCAAAAACUGGAAACUAUCAGUAUUCUGUGAUUCUGAGAUCCGAUUCCUACAUGGGUUUAGAUCAGAUAAAGCCAUUAAAGCUGGAGGUCCACGAGGCCAAACAGAUGCUGGACAACCACCCGCAGUGGGACAUCCCCGAGACGGAGGAGGAAGAGGAGGACCAGGAGGACAGCGACGGCAUCGAGGAGAGCGAGGAAGACGAGGAAGACAAUGACUAGCCCAGCUGCCCCGGCACAGACUGCUUCCUCUGGUUAAUGCCAGCCAAACCGAUCGGGGAAAAUCGAAUGAUUUUUUUUGCACACAGGUCAAUACAGGCCUCCUGGUUUCUCUCUUCCUUUUUUUUAAUUAAAAAAAGAAAGUGGAACAGACGCGCUGACUCUGAGCUGGUCUGAAAUUUCAGCUGGUAGUUGUGUGUGUAAUGGUGUUGAAUACAGCUCAUGUUAAAAAGGACCAGGGAGUUCUUGUCUUUCACUGCUUGGGAGAUGCUCCUGGCCACCUACUGCAAAGACUAAACUGGCAAUUACAGUCACCGUGUUUCUAGUGUGGAACUGGGGGCAGGGGAGGCGAGGAGCUUUUUCUUGUUGGAAUAAAAAUAAUGAAAUAAAACAAUAAUUGGCCUGGAAAUUGGGGCUCCUUACUACUUAUAUUGUACUUUAUUUUGUAGUUUGUGUGUACAGUAACUCACAGUUGUGCUUGAGAAUUCCGCAGGCUUUCUUCUGAAAGUGUAGAAAUAAAUGUAUGUUUAAAAUAACACCUACAGGUCUCCGGUUCAAGGUUUUAAUUGCUUUUGUAAUGCAGCACAUUUUAAAAAAAAUAAUUUGUACGGUUUAAUAAAUGGGAAGCCCUGGCUAAUGGGGUUUAGCAAAGUGUUUUUUUUUUCCUCAGCUCCGUGCUAGCACUUGCCAUACAGCAGACUUUAGAUCUGUUUAAGUCAUUUUAUCCAGAAGACGUUAUCAGACAGUAAUGAUGGGACAACAGGCUUAGUUUUUUUUUCCAGAUUUAGUCCACUAAGAGUCAUUGUAGCUUUGAUCAUCUGGCUCCGUCUUUUAUAAUAAGGGGUUCCAGGUCUCCUCGCCUGCAUGCACACUGUGUUCAUUCCUUAGGAAUGAAUGCUAAGAAACUGCAACACUGUUGGUCCCCCUUGCUUUGGAAUCCUUACAGUUUUGAAUAUUUUGAAACUGAAAAGUGUGAUUCCCAUUCUCCCACAGUCAGCCUCACACUCACACUGUCUUUGUUUGCUUUACUGAAAUUAUAUUUUCAGUACAAGAUGACAGAAAAAAUAAACAGUGGGACUGCUGUUGAAAGCCAAGUUAGAUGGCCUCAGAUUCAGCAUUGUAUACAAUGCUUUUGAUCUUCUGUUUUAAUCUCUGUAAAGUUAUAAAACAAGGGCACGUUGCAGGGUUUUGAGCAAAGGUUAAUGUGUUUCCAAUGUGCAAUAAAAUUGUACAGGUUGUUUUUUUAGGGCAUCUUUACUCAACAUAAUGUACAAAGAUAAAAACAAAGGGCUUUGAAGAUGUGUUUUAAAUGCACGGAGGUCAGUGUGGCAUAUUUUCAUGGUACAUUCCAGUUGGUCCCUGUAUCUCGAAAGCCUUAUUUUGUAACAGGGUUGUAAUGCUUUAAAUUUAGUAGAUCAAUUGUAGAAUGCAGUAUCUCGGGGGGAAAAAAAAUAAAAGUAUUUUUAUUUUGA